AUGGAAAUCGUACAGGAUUUGGCAGCCUCCACUUUGAAAGAUAAUCCAUACUUUAGUGCCGGUGCUGGGCUAUUUGGAGUUGGGAUAGGAAUGGCUGCCCUUAGAAGAAUGAGUCAAGUUAUAAACCUCCUCGUUCGCCGUAAUCUCACUUUAACUUUAGAAGUAGCCAGUCAUGAUAAGGCUUAUCCCUGGGUUUUACAUUGGAUUACGCUGAAAUCUAAUGGACCGUUAAUGAAAGGUGGAAAAAACAAAAUAGGUGGUACAAGUCAACACUUAAGUGUUGAAACUAGUGUAGUACGUACAGAAGGCGGGCGAAUCAAAGCUGCAUUCGGCUUUGUGCCUAGCGUUGGCGUUCACUAUAUGGUUCACCAAAUGAAAUUAAUCCGAAUUGAACGUGUUCGUGCUCAACAAUCCUUACAAGGUGCUACUGUAGCUCCAUUCGAAAGUGUAACUCUUACGACGUUCGGUCGCAACGCCAGAUUUUUUAUUGAUUUGCUCGAGGAGGCUAGAGAAGAAGCUCUUGCACGUGAAAAGGGUUGGACCGUUGUGUACAAGGCUGUUGGUUCAGAAUGGCGCCAGUUUGGUUAUCCUCGUCCACGUCGACCUUUAAAUUCUGUCAUACUGCGUGAUGGUAUAGCUGAAACUAUUGUAGCUGAUGUCAAAGAGUUUGUUGACAACCAGGCCUGGUACACUGAUCGUGGUAUACCAUAUCAUCGUGGUUAUUUAUUAUAUGGACCACCAGGAUGUGGCAAAACUAGUUUCAUAACAGCUUUGGCAGGCCAUUUAGAUUAUAGCAUUAGCAUAUUAAAUUUAAGCGAAUUCGGCAUGACGGCAGAUCGAUUAGAUCAUUUAUUAACGCAUGCACCGCUUCAAACUAUCAUCUUACUUGAGGAUAUUGACGCAGCAGUGCAUAGUCGUAACACAUCAAAUAAUGAUCUACUUCAUAGCAAAGCUUAUGAAGGUAUGCCAACACUCACUUUAAGUGGAUUGUUAAAUGCACUAGAUGGUGUAACCUCGACGGAUGGUCGCAUCAUAUUCAUGACUACAAACUAUAUCGAUCGACUUGAUCCUGCUCUAAUACGACCCGGUCGCGUUGAUAUGCGUGUACGAGUUGACGUUUGCGACUCGUCUCAACUAAUGCGCAUGUUUAGUCGAUUUUACCCACAGUGGACGUCGUCUGACAUUAAUAAUUUAGCUCAAAAGUUUGCAAGUCUAUUAAAGGAUACACCUUUGAGUUCAGCACAAGUUCAAGGUUAUUUGCUGUUGCAUAAAGAUGACCCUUUAAAAGCAAUUAGUAAUAUAAAUCAACUGUUGUCUCCGUAUGAUUCAUAA